AAUUCUCCAUUAUUGUACAUAGAGGUGACGAAGACUGAAGAUUGAACCAAGUCACUGAGGCGACACACACUGCCUGGGUCCACAGGGAAAACUGUGAUAUCGGCAUGUUGGUAAGUGGAAAGCCAGCUUGGUCAGUGGAGAUGUUGGCCGUGCUGGUGGUAUUGACAUUGAUCCCUGCUUGGAGUGAUGGAGUCUUGGUGAAGAAAUGUGAGCUGAAGUCUCUGCUUGAGGCAGCCUUUUCUGGGUCGCAAGAAGAGAUGGCUAAGGACAUCAUUGCUAAAUUGACCUGCACAGUAGAACACAUUUCUGGGUUCAACUCUAAUCUUGUAACCACUGCUGACCACUCUGAGAAGAGAACCCUGAUCAAAACAUCAUUUCGAAAUGGUCAUGAUGAAGAUCAUGUCUCUGGAAUAAGAAAAUUGCCCUUAACAUCUAAGGGGGCAAAUAUUACAAACAAAGACCAAAUAUUUCCUGAAAACAAAAAACAGGCUGCAGAGCUCAUCAAUCCUCAACGAAAGGAGAUCAAAGAGGUGUUCCAUUCUGAAAAAGCCAAGGUCCAAUCCAAAGGAAGGGCUGCCCAUGUUGAUAGGCAAGCCAAGAAGCGGAGAAAAAGUCCAUUGAAGGAUGAAGGGAGUGGCUCUAAAAAAGGAUUGACUGGUAAAUCUGAAGAAACACAGGAGAACAAAGGGUUGGAUGAAACUACUUCAGGACAUAUUUUACAAGCAACAAUUAAACCUCACAGAUUGCCUGACCCCAAUGAUAGAUAUUAUGAUACUGCUGAAAUACCAUUUGGUCCCACAACUUUACGACCUGACACAACAACAGAGCAAAUAAUAUAUGACACCUAUGAAAUGCUAUUUGGUACCAGACAUUUACCACAUGACAGAUGGCCGGAUUCCCAAGAAAUGCCACCUGAUGCCAAUGAAAUGUCGUUUCCUCCCACAACUUUACCACCUGACACAACAACAGAGCAAAUAAUAUAUGAUACCUAUGAAAUGCUAUUUGGUACCGGACACUUACCACAUGACAGAUGGCCGGAUUACCAAGAAAUGGGACUUGAUAACAAUGAAAUGUCGUUUCCUCCCACAACUUUACCACCUGACAAAACAGAGCAAAUAAUAUAUGACACCUAUGAAAUGCUAUUUGGUACCAGACAUUUACCACAUGACAGAUGGCCGGAUUCCCAAGAAAUGCCACCUGAUGCCAAUGAAAUGUCGUUUCCUCCCACAACUUUACCACCUGACACAACAACAGAGCAAAUAAUAUAUGAUACCUAUGAAAUGCUAUUUGGUACCGGACACUUACCACAUGACAGAUGGCCGGAUUACCAAGAAAUGGGACUUGAUAACAAUGAAAUGUCGUUUCCUCCCACAACUUUACCACCUGACACAACAGAGCAAAUAAUAUAUGACACCUAUGAAAUGCUAUUUGGUACCGGACAUUUACCACAUGAUAGAUGGCCGGAUUACCAAGAAAUGGGACUUGAUAACAAUGAAAUGUCGUUUCCUCCCACAACUUUACCACCUGACACAACAGAGCAAAUAAUAUAUGAUACCUAUGAAAUGCUAUUUGGUACCGGACACUUACCACAUGACAGAUGGCCGGAUUACCAAGAAAUGGGACUUGAUAACAAUGAAAUGUCGUUUCCUCCCACAACUUUACCACCUGACACAACAGAGCAAAUAAUAUAUGACACCUAUGAAAUGCUAUUUGGUACCGGACAUUUACCACAAGAUAGAUGGCCGGAUUACCAAGAAAUGCCACCUGAUGCCCAUGAAAUGUCGUUUCCUCCCACAACUUUACCACCUGACACAACAACAGGACAAAUAAUAUAUGAUACUUAUGAAAUGCUAUUUGGUACUGGACAUUUACCACAUGACAGAUGGCCGGAUUACCAAGAAAUGCCACCUGAUGCCAAUGAAAUGUCGUUUCCUCCCACAACUUUACCACCUGACACAACAACAGAGCAAAUAAUAUAUGAUACCUACGAAAUGCUAUUUGGUACCACAGACAAACCCAUGAAUCCCUUAGACAGAACACUACAUACCACAGGACGCCCUGAGCCUGACACUGAGAAAAGAUCUAAACGUAGCUCUAAAGCUCAGACUAUGCUCUAUGGAAUCUUCCAGCUGAGUGAUACAGCAUGUCAUUCAGGAUCAAGACAUAGUCUGAACCUUUGUGGACUGGACUGUAGUGCUCUGACUGAUGAUGACAUCACUGAUGACAUUGCUUGCCUGAAGACUCUGUAUAAGAAAUUGAUGAAGAUAAUCAUCAAACAGGAGUGUCAGUCUGUAGAUCCAUCAAAGUACUUCGCCAACUGUGGCUGAAAUGUCCAGAUCAUAUUGUACGGGAUUCAAAUGUCAUCCUGACUUUUUAUUUCCAUGUACUCACACAAUCACACUCACUUUCACUAACCUCUUAUCAUAUUUACUUUCCUGUAUGUCAAUAAUGUUCAAUGUUACUAUAGAAAUUCAUCAGUUCCUUCUCACUGGGUGUGUAACCAGAUAUAUUGUAUAUGGAUUAUAUUGACAAAUAUUCAUAUAUUUUCAAUAUGUUAUGGCUUAUAUGGAGAUGUUGUGCCUAUUCUAACCUGCUAUCUCGAAGCAACCAACAGAAACCUCUGUCUCUUAUCUAUGCAUUGAUUAAAACAAGAGCAGCAAAA